CUUACCGCGAUACUUGUGUUUUAAAAUGUCGACCGAGCUCAACGUGCCAGGGGAAGACCAAAUUGGCUGAUAAUGUACUGAAACAAAGUGCUGUUCUGGGAACAGAAAACAACCUAGUUUGGAAUAUAUCUAUCUAUUGGGAGUCACACCUACGCUGUCCGCUGACAGUGCUCCAAAACAGCUUGUAGCUUCAUCAAUCCUGGUCUCGCUUGAAACAUUUAGCGACGCCCCCUGUAGCCACUGCGACUAGGCGCCUAGGAACGAUAGCAAUUAGCUUGCAGCUAGAUAUUUUAAACCCCAGGGGCCAGGAUGCGAGAGGAUUCUUUGUGAGGAACGACCCCAUCCACGUGCCAUGUCUUUGGUUUUCCCUCGACCCAACACCAACGCAGUACACGGCAAGAAGGAUAAGAGACUAAUGGCGGAAGUGAAUGCAUCGCCGCUCAAGCAUUUUGUCACGGCAAAGAAGAAGAUCAAUGGGAUCUUUGAACAGUUGGGGGCCUACAUCAAGGAGAGCGCUUCCUUUCUGGAUGAUACUUACAAAAAUGAAGAGCUGGACCCAGUCGCCACAGAGGAGCAGGUCCAGGAGGUCCAGGGCUACCUGGCCAAGGUGGCAGGGAUUGGAGAAGUACUUGCACGAAGGCAUAUGAAGGUGGUCUUCUUUGGGAGGACGAGUAAUGGGAAAAGCUCAGUGAUCAAUGCCAUGCUGUGUGACAAGGUGCUGCCGUCGGGAAUAGGACACACCACCAACUGUUUCCUGAGGGUGGAGGGCACCGAUGGCAAUGAGGCCUUCCUGCUCACUGAAGGCUCCGAGGAGAAGAAGAGCAUAAAGACUGUGAACCAGCUGGCGCACGCGCUCCACCAGGACGAGGACCUGGACGCCGGCAGCUUGGUCUGCGUCAUGUGGCCUAAAGCCAAGUGUGCUCUGCUCAGGGAUGACCUGGUGUUGGUGGACAGCCCAGGGAUAGAUGUUACCACAGAACUGGACAGCUGGAUUGACAAGUUCUGCCUGGAUGCUGACGUAUUUGUUCUGGUGGCAAACUCUGAGUCCACACUGAUGCAGACGGAGAAGUCUUUCUUUCACAAAGUAAAUGAGCGGCUCUCUAGUCCCAACAUUUUCAUCCUCAACAACCGCUGGGACGCCUCAGCCUCAGAACCUGAAUACAUGGAGGAGGUCCGCAGGCAGCAUAUGGACCGCUGCACCAACUUCCUGGUGGAUGAGCUGGGUGUGGUGGACCGAGCCCAGGCCAGUGACCGCAUCUUUUUUGUCUCUGCCAAGGAAGUCCUUCAGGCUCGUGUGCAGAAGGCUCAAGGAAUGCCUGAAUCAGGUGGAGCUCUUGCAGAGGGAUUUCAAGCCAGAAUGUUUGAGUUUCAGAACUUUGAGAGGCGAUUCGAGGAGUGUAUCUCGCAGUCAGCGGUGAAGACCAAAUUUGAGCAGCACACCGUGAGGGCCAAACAGAUCUCUGAAGCCCUGCGCCGCAUUAUGGAUUCAGUGCACAUUGCUGCACAAGAGCAGAGGGUCUACUGCCUUGAGACAAAAGAUGACCGUCAGGACCGAUUGGAAUUCAUAGACAAGCAGUUGGACUUGUUAACCAUGGACUGUAAGGCCAAGAUAAAGAAGAUUACUGAGGAGGUGGAAAGACAGGUGUCUAAUGCCAUGUCAGAGGAGAUCAGGAAGCUCCAUGUGCUGGUGGAUGACUUCCACAUGGACUUCCACCCAUCACCAGUGGUACUCAAGGUCUACAAGAAUGAGCUCCACCGCCACAUAGAGGAUGGUCUGGGCAAGAACAUGUCAGAGAGGUGCUCCACUUCCAUCACCAGUGCCCUGCAGGCCACACACACCGACAUGAUUGAAGGUCUAAAGCCCCUGCUGCCCAACCUGGUCAGAGAGCAGGUAGACAAGCUGGUUCCCCGUCAGUGCUUCAGCCUCAGUUAUGACCUGGCCUGUGACAAGCUGUGCAGUGACUUUCAGGAGGACAUCAGCUUCCACUUCUCUCUGGGCUGGACCAUGCUGGUCAACCGCUUCCUGGGCCCCAAGAACACCCGGCGGGCCCUCAUGGGCUACAACGACCAGGUGCCCAGGGCCCUGACUCCUGUAAGCAGCAGCAUGCCUCCGUUCCCCCAGAGCUCCGUCACCCAGGAGGAGCUCAUGGUCUCCAUGGUGACUGGGCUGGCUUCUCUUACCUCUCGUACCUCCAUGGGUGUCCUUGUGGUUGGCGGCGUGAUCUGGAAGGCAGUGGGCUGGCGUCUGAUCGCCCUGUCAGUGGGUCUGUACGGACUCCUCUACAUCUAUGAGCGGCUCACCUGGACAACCAAGGCCAAGGAAAGAGCCUUCAAGAGACAGUUUGUUGACUACGCCAGCGAGAAGCUGCAGCUCAUUGUCAGCUACACCGGAUCCAACUGCAGCCACCAAGUCCAGCAGGAGUUGGCAGGUGUCUUUGCUCAGCUCUGCCAGCAAGUAGACGUAACCCGUCAGAACCUGGAGGAUGAGAUCACUGAAAUGAACAGCAAGAUGGAGCUGCUGGACAGCCUUCAGAGUAAGGCCAAGCUACUGCGGAACAAGGCGGGCUGGCUGGACAGCGAGCUCAACAUGUUCACCCAGCAGUACCUCCACCACAGCAAGUAGAGCACCCAGAGGAUGGGCCGAGAGACUGAGGGACGUCUGGAACACCUGCUGAACCCCGUGUAGAUGACACACUUCUGUAUUUAGAAGUUAAUGAGAGGAAAUACUCCACAAUGUUGGGAAGAGGAGAAAGAGAAGGAAUGGUUUGAUAUGAGAGGAAGAGUUACCUGGUGACUGAGACAGUGGUGAUGUGUGGACCUGAGCUCUGGUUGGGUGUCCGGUGCUCAGCUGGUUACGUGUCGCACAAAACUAAACAGUGAAUCAACUAUUCGAUAUAAGCCACAACAUAAAUUUAUUAAAGGUCCCAUGACAUAGCACUCUUUGAAUGAUUUUAUAUAGACCUUAGUGGUCCCUCAAUACCAUAUCUGAAGUCUCUUUUAAAUAACACCUUAGUGCUCUAAUACUGUAUCUAAAGUCUCUUCCAAAAUUUGGUGCAGAAUUACAGCCACUAGAGCCAGUCCCACAAUGAGCUUUCCUUAGUAUGUGCCAUUUGCGCGUUUGAAAGCCAUGAUGUCUCUCACUCAUGGGUGGGCCAAAUUCUCUGGGCGGGCAAAACAGAGAAAGGGGAGGUUACCACAUUGGCCCAUCUGAGCUUUCAUUUUCUCAAAGGCAGAGCAGGAUACCCAGGGCUCAGUUCACAUCUAUCGCCAUGUCUAGCCACUGGGGGACCAUAGGCAGGUAAUGUUAAAAAACCUCAAAGUGACAUUUUCAUGCCAUGGAACCUUUAAAUGUAACAGGUUGAACCAACCCCCUACCAUGCCGUCAGUGUAUUUCCCAAUGCUCGUUGUUAUCAUUGAGCACUUUGAAGUCCAGUUGUGGUGAUAUGUAAACUGGCAUGAUGCCGUGUCUCCAGAUGUGUGACACGUCACAAACUCCACACUGGCCUUUUACACCAGAUUCCAGUUACCUCUGCCACAUUGCACGGGUGUAGUUUUCUGUAAAUACAUUAAGAACUACGGACAACGCCACGCUGAAGUAAAAGGUAGUCCACGUGAGGGAAGAGAAGGAAGGGUCUUCUGUUAAGAUACUACGACAUCCUUUAUUCCUCCACCUGUUGUGUUUUUGGAACAUGUAGCCCUUGUUCAGAGACUGUUGCUGUUGAAGCUGUUGGAAAUGAUCUUGGCCACUGACCACCGUUGCCACCGAGAAACAACUGUUCCAUUGACAUGUUGAUGGUCUCAGAGUGGAGACUUCACUCACGGAAGGCUGAUUAUUUAAACUACAUGUAAACCCUUGGCCCUAUAUGUACAAUAGCUUAACGUCUACAUUUGUAUUUAGUGUAUUUGCUGUACUGUUCCUUCUGAGAGUAAACCUACGUCUUUGUUCUGCGAGGAUACUGUUGUUGCUUGGGCUUUGCAGUCAUUUAAUAGAUUUUAGCAUUUUAAACAACAAUGGAGUAAAUGUAAGAUUCCUUUAUCCUAACUUUAAGGGUCAAGAGAAAGUAGUGCAUUUGUUGGGGGAUUGUUUUCAAUGUUAACAAUGGAAAUGGUACAGAGUACUGAGAUAUAUCAGGCUAUAUAUCAGGCUUUUGGAUAUACACACAGUACUUAAUCUGUCAAAGAAAUUAUUUUGUUCACUUUGUAUUCCACAUUUAGCAAAGCUACAGAUGAAGACUGGGACCACAUGGACCAUAUAACACUUUUCCUCAAUUUACAAAUUUUUCUUGGCAAUUAACUUUAAAGACUAGAGCCUAUGUGAGCUGUAUCUGCACGCAUCAUCUGUUAAAGUUGGGCUAGGCAGUUUAUUUUGGCCAUCGUUGGGAAAAGAUUCCAUGCGUUUUUAGCAUAUUGUAAUUCAAAUGUUCUGAGAGAAAACUAAACUUCUGCACCUCCUUUUGGCUCUGUUUUCAGGCUUUAGAAAAUCUAGUCCUUGAUGGGAGACUUUGGCCAAUCAUAGGUCAUUCCAGAGAGAGAGCAUUCCUAUUGGCUGUUCUGCUGAUGCACAUUUACGUCCCCUUUGGCAAACGUUCUGCUGUAGCCAAAGGCUCAGGGCUGCGGCUAAUUUAAGUGGGUGGGGAAGUGGGGGGGUAGGAGACCUGCAGGAAGAGGUCUUACUUUUAUUCAUAUUCUGGAGUUUUUUUUGCUGUCUGCCCCCCAGGAAGGGCACCAGGCUUUAAAGCAAAUUUAACAUAACGGCCAAAUAGUGGAAUUGCAACUCCUGGCCCAUCACAUCAAAAAGUAUUUUCCCCAUCGAUAUACAUGACAAGAGAAAUGACGGAUAGUUUUUUUAGCGCCAUAACCCCCUGUGAAUUGACCUGUUUUACUAUAAGAAUUUGAUCCUUUCGAUCCAAUAACAUUUCCAAAGUGUUGUAGAGCAGCAUGAUUAAAUCAUUUUCUACCCGUUGAAAUUAGGUGGGGCACUUCAUGCACCACUGAGCAACUCUCAGAGGAAUGAACAGGGUCCCACCUCCAACUCUGUAUCCAAUUCUUACACAUCUAUGCCCACAGCUUUAAAUAGCGGAUGUCAGUACAUAAAUGCCAAAGAUAUGUCUGAGGACAUUAAGAUGCUGUCUCCUUUAGUCUUUGUCCACUAGAGAGCGCCGGAGUUUAUAUUUACUCUAAAUAUUAUCCCACUCAGCAGGUAUACUGGUUACUAUUAUUUAAUAACCACAUUGAAAGAAUUCUCAUCACAUCAUGUUAAUGUUUAUGUGAAACAAUAGCUCAGACUUGGCGGAUUAUGAUAUGACGAUGAGCCUAUAAAAUACACUAUUGGGCAGUCUCUGACACCUCAUAUUUUAUGUUCUCAACCACAAAAUGUUUGGAUUUCCAAGCCGUCAGUGUGGAGUUCAGAGUGGAUUUGGUAUGUCACGUGCACUAAAACAAACUGAGGGUAUGCAACUUCAUUUUCAGCUUUCUCAAAUUAAACUCAAAAUCUACAUUUUUUUCUCUCUAUAUACAAAUGAUCUCUUCAGGCGUCAGAACGUCUUUAAUGCGGACCUCAUUGUCUUCCAUACAUAUUUAAUGAAACAGACCAACUGUUAACAUGUGUCUGAUGUACUGGCAGUCAUUAUCCUGUGUAUCACCACUACUAAGUACUAUUCUUUGGGCAGAGUAAGAAUUUUGUCUUGCACUGAAUACAUAUGUGGCCAGGUCUCUGCCAGUGUCACCGAAGGUUUCACUUCAAAACAAAGAGGUAGGAAUCUGAACUACAUAUGAUGCGUAUGUAAGAGGGGCCAAAUCCAGCAUCAGCUCUCCUUUUAGGAAUUAAAUUGUACUCUUGGUUUCUAAAAUGUGUAUAUGAUGAAAUAUAUUUAUUUGCCUUUCAAUUGGAAACAAUGGGAAAAUGCUGAAGGAGACAAAACCACACCAGACUUGAUGUGCCUGAAUUUGUCCAGUAUGUAAAAGUUGUGGUUGAUUGGGCCAUGCUGUCAAUGAAAACCAUACACUGUUGCCAAGUGAGCAAGAAGGCUGCCGUAAAACACUUCCUUUAGUGUGAAGAUAUGCACUUUAUCAGUUUGCUGCUUUUUGAUUUUGUUAUUUUUUUUUUCCCGCUCCACAAAGUAGUUGUUUGGCUUAAGGAAGGUGAAAGUACCUGCAUGCAGUGUGGAUGUUAUAGUUCAAAUAUGUAUGUAUGUAUGUAUGUAUGUAUGU